AUGACAAAUGGUAUCCUUCCGAAGAACUCCGGGAUGUCAUCACCGCAGAACGAAUGGCCUGAAUUUUUAGAACCCGGAAAAUGGCUAUCUGGCAGAUAUAAGGUUAUAAGAAAACUGGGCUGCGGAAGUUUCGGCAAGGUUGUCGAAGCAUACGAUGACAAGAACAAGCACGGCUGUGCUAUCAAGAUUUCCAAGGAGAAGGCCGCAGCCCGUCAAGAAUUUCGCACUCUGGAGAUAUUAGGAAAUAAAGAUCCAAAGAAUGAAACUCGGUCUGUCCGCCUAUUGUAUCCGAAUCUAUUGCACACUGAUGAUCACGUUUGUUUGGUUAUGGAGUUAUUUGGGGAAACCCUACUUGAUGUUUUAGAUUGCAAUGGCUGGGCCCCGAUUCCUCCCAGCCAUGUCCAACACGUAGCCUCCCAAGUUUUCGCGAGUCUUACCUCCCUUGGUGUCCUUGGUCUCUUCCACAAUAAAUCUUCCGGGUGCAUUGGCACAAAGAGAUCGUCGUGCUCUCUGUAA